AAUGCGAACGGUGUUGUUCCGGGACCCGAUAUGCCAUAAUAUAUCGUUGUAUUUAAAUAUCAAUCGCCCAAUUUCCCGUCUUAUUUUCUUUCGUUGUCUCCUGGAUUAUCAUCCUCAAAUCAUACCAACAUACAGAGUUACUUACUAAUAGAACAUCUAAUUCCUAAUCCAACAUGACCAACAAACCGCGAACUCCUCUUCGCCCCGGAGUCUACGCUCCCACCGUAACCUUCUUCAACCCGGACACCGAAGACCUCGACAUCCCCUCCAUCCGCAAACACGCCGUCCGCCUCGCCAAAGCCGGCCUCGCCGGUCUCGUCACCCAGGGCUCCAACGGCGAAGCCGUCCACUUAACCCGCGAAGAGCGCAAGACAGUAACGCGCGAGACGCGCUCUGCGCUCGACGAAGCCGGCUUCCACAACAUACCCGUCAUCGUCGGGGCCAGCGAGCAAAGCAUCCGCGGCACAAUCGAGCUGUGCAAGGAAUCCGCCGACGCAGGCGGAGAGUACGUCCUCAUCGUGCCGCCGAGCUAUUACCGCACGGCGGUGGGGAAUGAUGAUUCGCUAUAUGAAUACUUCACCGGCGUAGCGGACGGGUCUCCCCUGCCUGUGAUUCUAUAUAAUUACCCCGGCGCAGUAGCGGGGAUAGAUAUGGAUUCAGACUUGAUUAUUCGGAUUUCGCAACAUCCGAAUAUAGUCGGGACGAAAUUCACCUGUGCCAAUACGGGCAAGUUGACGAGGGUAGCGCGGGCAUUGAAUGCUAUCGUUCCUCCCUCUCCGCUCGUGGACAACACGGACACGACGUCAGCGGAGAAUAAUCAUCCCUACGUGGCGUUUGGCGGCAUGGCGGAUUUCACGCUUCAGACGCUCGUUUCGGGCGGUUCAGCUAUUAUUGCGGGCGGUGCUAAUGUCCUUCCCCGGUUGUGCGUGCAGGUGUUUAAUCUCUGGAGUGAGGGGAAGAUCGCAGAGGCCGUCGAGCUUCAGAAGUUGCUGAGUGCGGGAGACUGGGUGCUCACGAAAUCGGCCAUUCCCGGCACGAAGAGUGCUAUUCAGAGUUACUACGGUUACGGUGGCUAUGCGCGACGGCCGCUGCGGAGACUCAGUGAAGAUGAAGCGAAGUCGAUUGCGGAUGGGAUCAAGGAUGCGAUGGAUGUCGAGAACAGUCUGCCGGAUUUUGGGGCUAACUAGUUAGCUGAGAUUGUUCGGGAAGACCAGUAUGUAGAUAGAUCUAGGAUAUCAGAAGCAGCUGCAUCGAUCAG